AGUAUCAAGUAGUAGAUAUAUAGAGUAAUUAAACACAAUCCGAGUUAGCAGUUGUGUGUUUGUCAAUUGGAUAAUUAAUAUCUACAUGUGUGUCUAUUGUUAUUCUGCCAUUCUACAAGUAAAGCUCGAUAUCAACAGACUCAUCAAAAAUAAUUUUCCUGGCACUUUUCAAGCGCAGAAUACACAAUUAAUUUUCAUUUAAAAAGAGACAAAGUAAGCUUUAAAAUGGCGUCAUUGAAUAUAUUUCGUUUUCAACUCGUCGCUGUGUUUUUGGCUACAGUAUUCACAGUUGCCAAUGCUGGGUUUGGUCCGUCCGCCGAUGGUAUCUGGACUGAUGCUGAUCUAGUCGCAUACAGCGUGGUAGUGGGUGUGGCCGGGGCAAUCUUUCUAGUGUCAAUCAUGCUUUACUGUCAAUUACAAUAUUUUAUUCGAGUUGGCAAGAUCGAGGAGGUGGCCCAGACUCAGGCUCGUCAAGCCGUAGCUAAAAAGGAAGCCGAGACGAAGGCCCAACUCAUCGCUGCCCAGAAACAGAAAGCUAGACAGGACAUUGCUGCACAAAAAGCCAAGCAGAAAACAAGAUAAGAUGGUUCUUAAGAAAAUGAACAUUGGACAUGAGAUGGCGAUGGUGAAUGGGUGUGGUUGAGAUGUAAGGAGCAACAUUGAUGAACUAGUAAUAACUAAAUGUCUUUUAACCAUUUUAAAUUUAAUCAAUACAAUUUGAAAUCAACGUAGAAUAUACACGUCUCAUCAGUAAUAGCAGACCAAACGUACUGAGACCGGUUUUUAUAAAGCUGAUAGUAUCGUCUCAUGCCAAUAAAAAAAAACACAAGCAAACAAAGAAACAAACAAUUAAAAAAAAAUACAAAACCAAUUUUGUAGCCAAUAUGCCAUUGUUUUUUUGUAACUGAACGCACAGUUCAUCUGUUGCAUCUUACGGCUAUUCAUGACAGUUUGCUACUGAUAAAGAUUGAUAUUUAAUCUAUUAUUCGGAGUUGUGUUCCUCAGAUAAUUGAUAUCUGUACUGCAUCGAGAUAUGUUCAGGGUGAGAUGUAGAAGGAUAGCCUGCGGGCAAAGUGGACCCUCUCCACACACAGGCUCCCCAACAUGUUCAGGGCGCUGGGAACGAUUUUUUAUUUUUAUUUUUAAUGGGGGUGCUGAAGUAAAUUUGAAAAGCAAAAAAAAAAAUAGAAUAAGAGAAAAUAAAAAAAAUCUACAAAAUGAGGGUCAUUUGGGUUACAUUUAUCAAUUUUGACACAUCUUCCAGAAUUCAAGGGGGUACUGCCCAUGGAAUGGAGAACAAUACACGCAACACCCCCCAGAAAUUCUUUGGGGUGCUUCAGUACCCCAAUCAUCCCCGCUUCCCAGAGCCAUGGACAUGAUGUAUCUUUUGUAUUCGAGUACAUAAUUCAUAAUACAAGAAUAAAAUAAAAAUAUUUACUACUGCAUUCAAAGGGAAUGUAUAUUGAAUUAACGUUGACAUCGAGAUGGUUCCAUUGCAGGCAAAAGGCGAGAUGAAUUUCAUUAAUUUCGAUUUUUUAUAUAUUGUUGUAACGUACAUGGACAAAUUCUUAAUCGUAUAUCAUGAAGAUCACACUCUAAAUAUAUUCCUAAUUCAGGCUCUACUUGUGUGAUACAUUCGCUCCUCUAUCACGUCUAUCUUCAUUUCAGGCCCAUAAGUGAACGAUCGAAAUAUUAUCGAUUUGUUAAAUUUACGUUUUACUUUUGUUAUUAUAUUUCAAGCAUAUUAGGAGUAAAAACAUAAUAUUGUUGAAAAUGCGAUUUUCAUGACAAUAUAAUUAUAUAUAUAUAUAUAUAUAUAUAUAUAUAUAUAUAUAUAUAUAUAUAUAUAUAAAUUCAUAUGUAGAAAUAACUUAUAGGCCAAAAUCCAACAUACCCGAACAUGCCAAAGGAGAAGAAUAUGUAGAUUCCAGAAUUUUAUAAUUUUGUUUACGUUUCUGCCCCAUAUAUACCGUUAGCGUAGUAGGCUGUGUAAUAUCAAUACUACAGAUAAAAAGUUGUGAAGCGAUUCUAUUUAAAAUUUCUCUUUCGUUUUAUCAAAAGAGUUAUAAAAACUUCGGUUGAUUAAAUCCAUAGUACAAACCUCUUUUAGGAAGAAUACGUUACGUCAUAUACUGGGUUAAACAAAUACAUAGAUUUUCAUAAAGAUGUGGUUUAGUAUUUUUUUAGUAUUCCUCUCCUAUGCAUAUUAGAAUCAUUUUAAUCUCAGAUGGACUUCAUUACUAACAUUUUUUGCAAUUAUCACUUUCAAAGAAUUUGCCAAAAAUGUUUAUUUCGUUAAGGAGUAACUUUGCGAAAGUUCACUUCUGGACGAAUGGAUAAAUUAUAGUAUUUCCCCCUUGAUGUGCUGAAAAAUAAAAAAAUUCUAGAAGCUUUUUUUCCAAUAAGCAUGAUUAGAGUAAACAUUGUAGAUAUUGUACAUAAAUUGAUUGAUAGAUAUUUUUGGUAACAGUCUUAUCAUUAAAUCGAAUGACUAAAGUAUAACCGACUAAAUGUCAUAAAUAUAAAUACAAUAA